AUGACUUCUUCCACUUCAGUGGUACGACCAGUUCCGAUGCGACUUGGGCCGCUCCUGCUAGGAGUCUUCUCGCUCCUCACGGCGGCGGCCCUCACCCGGGCCGCCGACGUGUCGUACCAGACCGAUCCACGUGCCUUGUUGGGAUGCUCAGCCUACGCCGACUAUUUCCCCUACAUGAUAACCACCACGGACUGCCCUGUCAGAGACCUCUGCAUUACGCGCAAGCGCUGCUGCAAGAACAGGAAUGAGACGAACCUCGACAAGUGCCUUGACAUAACCUCCUUUUCGUGUGACACCGCGGCCAUGUGCGCCAAUUAUUCGGAGGGGACCUCUCGAAGCAGCUUCAGUACGAACCUGUGGUACCCGGAGACGCAGGACGGUGGUGCGUCGCUGAUGUGCUGUCAGGCAGGGACAACCACAACAGAAGCCCCUGCCGUCCCGCCCCUCGACAGCUCCAGCUUGGAGGAGGUGAGUCAGGACACUGACUUGCCGCCGGCAUCAAUGUGCGACGACACGACCUCGACAGCGUGCACGGUAAUGUCGAUGUUCGCACCCAUUGUCCGCGCCUUCUGCCAGAACCCCAACCUCAGCAUGUACACUGAUGCAUACAUUAACGAGAACGUGCCACGCAUGUGCUGCCUGUACACCGCUGCUCCCCUCAACGGCAACAGUAACGAGUCCGUGACUGCAGGCAAGGUAGCCUGCGGCUCGAACUUACUGGACCUACCUCUCACAGGCGAGUACCACUGCAUGCUUGACCUGCGCGGCGCCGCUAAGGUUUGCUGCAACGGACGUAUUGAAGAUCACCUAAGCAGCAGUGACGGCACUGGUAGCUCUGCAUCAUCUGGCCAGAGCCGCGUCUUUACGUACAUAAGCCACGAAUGCCUCUUUAACCCCGAUACGAACGGAAACAGCGCCCCUUCGCCGGCUAUGUCGGUGACGCAGCGGCUGACGGUGGCGGUGCUGUCGGUGAUGGCUGCAUACCUCUGCACGUAG